GCCCCGUCUGCCCGCCCCGUCUCGUCCGUCUCGUCCGUCUGUCUCGUCCGUCCGUCUGUUUGGCUUGGCUCGACGCUCUUGAUUCACCGACUCGGUCAAGGAAUUUGGCGGCGAAUCGCACCCGAGAUACUCUCGGCUGCAUCGACAACAGACCACCACGACAGACACCAAGUGGCUCCCGCAACACUUGUCGCCCACAGUGCCCACCGGACUGACAGCUUGAUCAAUUAGCCAAGAUGGCAGACUCGAGCACCACUGCCAACUACAGCGCCGCCGGCUCGCAACAACACCCGGAUCCAGCCCUCGAGCCAGUACCAGAGGCAGCCGCCUAUCCUAUCAGUCCCCGUUUGAGGUGGCUGGUGCUGUUCCUCACUUGCUUUGUGCUGUUCGGUAACUUUUACGCGUACGACAAUCCUGCCGCCCUCAAUCUGCCACUCCAAAUCCACCUGGGCCACGACUACGACCGCUGGCAGUACGAGCUCAACCUGCUCUACUCGGUCUACGCCCUGCCCAACAUGUUCCUGCCCUUUAUCGGCGGGGUGCUGCUGGAUCGGUUCGGCAAGCAGCGCUCGCUCCUAUGGUUCUCGUCCAUCCUAGUGCUUGGGCAGAUUCUGUUCUCGAUCGGGGUCGCGCAAAAGUCGAUCCGGCUGAUGCUCGUUGGCCGAUGCAUGUUUGGCAUUGGCGGCGAGACCGUCGGGGUCGUGCAGUCGGCCAUCACAAGCACCUGGUUUCGGGACAAGGAGCUGGCCUUUGCGCUGGGUCUCAACCUUGGAGUCGCCCGGCUCGGCUCCGUCGUCAACGCCAUCAUGUCGCCGCGGCUGGAAAAGUGGAUUGGGGUUGAGUUCGCCGUCUGGGCAGGCACGGCCACCUGCAUCUUGUCGUUUGUCGUUUCGAUGAUCCUGAGCGUCGGACUCACCUCGCCGGCGGCAUACCAGGCGCUGUCAGGUCACAGCGCAUCCACCGGCGAGACGAUCAGUCAUUUCGAUACCGUCUCGACCACCAUGGCGCCUUGCGACACUGAAUGCGGUGCAUCAAGUUCCAUAGAUGCCGAUUCGCACGCCACCAUCUUCGAGCCUUGUCAGUCCAACCCGGUGCUUUGCGAGGACGAACUCUGCACUCCAAAACGUCACCAGUCCACCGCGGGACUACUCGCAUCCCUUGCCGGGCUGUCCCCAAGCUUCUGGACCGUCUCGGUCCUGUGCGUGCUUCUGUACUCGACGGUGAUACCCUUCAACAACAUUGCCUCGGAUUUCCUGAUGUCCAAGUGGUUCCCCAACGACACCGAGACUGCCGGAGUCGUUAUGAGCAUUCCCGACUCCGUUUCUGUGCUGCUGAUCCCGCCUGUUGGCUAUUUCGUUGACCACUACGGACGUCGGAUCACUCUGCUGUUCGUAUGUUCGUUCAUCUUGAUGGCGUCGCACUUGCUCCUGGGCCUGACGAUGCUCAACCCGGUCCUCCCGAUGUUGAUGAUGGGUAUUAGCUACUGCAUCUACGGAGUGACCGUGUGGCCGUCGAUCGCCAUGGCCGCCACCUCACACAGCCGCUCGGGCUGGCAAGUUGAGGAGCUGCCGCUCCUUGGGAUCGCUUUUGGGAUUGCUUCGUCGCUGCUCAACACCUUCCUGGCGCUGGUCCCCCUUGCGGUCGCCCAGAUUCGGGUGUCCUUUGGCAGUUUCGUGGGAGUCGAGCUAUUCUUUGUAACGUUUGCAUUCGUGGCGGCGCUGUGCUGUCUGGUGCUCGAGCAACUCGAUCGGCUCGAGGGCGGGGCUUUGCAGGGAGCGCCGGCACUAGAUGACCAUGAUGACCAUGAUGACGAAUAA